AUGUCGAAAUCGCGCGGCGCCGACGCGUCUAAGCAGCAAGAUGGCGGUGCGUCCCUCUCCAAAUCCCUUUACAGCUUGUCUUUGCAGCAAAUGCCUCGUUCCAUUUCUCUUGCUGACGAUGCCUCAGACUCGUGCCCUGUAUGCAGGUCGUCGCGCUUCCUUAACUCCAACAUGCAGUUCAAGAUCAACCCAAUAUGCUACCAUAAGAUGUGCGAUACCUGCGUAGAACGAUUGUUUGGCAAAGGCAACAGUAUAUGUCCUGUUGCAGGAUGCGCAAAGACGCUUGCCUAUAGGAACUUUCGGAGGGCAACUUUCGAGGAUCUGAAGGUGGAGCGAGAGGUGGACCUCAGGAAGAAGGUCAUGAAGAUCAUGAACAAAACAGAAGACGAUUUUGAGACGCUUAGGGACUACAACGACUACCUCGAGCAGGUCGAAGAAAUCAACUGGAAUCUCAUCCUCAACAUCGACGUGGACGCGACCUGGGCGAAAUUGAGAAAAUUCGAGGCUCUCCAAAAAGCCGAACAAGAAGCCGCCGCUCGCAAGGGCCCUGCACUCAAAGAUGAUGUUGACGGCGGCUUCGUGAUCCGCGGACUCAAAAAGCGCGUCGCGCCACCCGUAGAAGCACCCUUCGACCCAUUCGGCGGUUACACCAUCGCACCACAAUAUUACGUACUUCAGGACAACUACGAUGUGGACUGGUAUGCACGUAUGAAGAAGGAUUCGGCACAUCUGGUGGGAGGACACAGUUUGCAAGACUAUUGCAGUCGGACACUACGCGAAGCUUUCGGUGGCCUAGGUGUUUUCGUUGAAGACGAAAUCACUGCGCGGGAGGCUCCCUCAAUGUCAAUGGAUGCGGACGUUGGCACAGAGCAUGCCGCGGCUGCAGCCAUGAAUGGAAGGGAUGCCAUCAUGGACGACAUUUUCUAG